AUGCCAAAUGAAUGUGGGGAGGAAAACCAUACGACAGCGGUAGUAACGACGGAGAACAAAACGAAUAGAGGUUGGCUUGAAACAAUCAGUUUGGGAUGGUUAUCCAGUAAGCAUGCACUCAGUUCAACAGCGACAACAGCUGUGACAAAGUCCGCAGAGGGUAUCGACGUAGCGGUAUCUUCCUCAUCAGUAUGCACUGAACAACAAGAAACAAGUGAUCAUCCACAAAGCGGAUGGGAUCGAGUGAAAGCCAUCUACACUGAUGGUGCAAGCGAUCAACUUGAAGAUGUUCAUAUGGAAAGUGAUGUAACACUGAAAAUGACUCGUUUCGCGUUUAUGGCUGGUGCAAUGGUAGGUGGUUUAAGUGGCUAUGCGGCCACAAAAGAGCGUUAUGAAAUGUACAGUACCGGUCGAACAUAUCUUAGUAGACGCGAUGCCUUACGAAGGAAAUGGGAUUAUGGUAUAGUUAUGUUUGUGAGAAAUGGUUUUCGAACGGGUUUACGAUCGGCUGCAUUAGUUGGUUCUGUUGUAUUGUUAACCACCCAUUGUGCAUUAUGGCGUGAACACUUCUCGGCAUGGUACUUUCCGGUUGUUUCAGGUGCGAACGCGUUUCUACUGCAUAGAGCCUCAGUUGGAUCAGUGCUUGCUUUCCCGCUUGGUCUACUCGGUUCGAUGAAGGCUGUUGGCCUCGGUAUUUCAUCCGGAUUGUCGUUAUCAGCAGUUGUGGUGCUGUACGCGAUGCACAUGGAUAAAAGUGUGAAUGAAGCAUAUAACAUCUUCAAAAAAGAUUAUGAAAAAGGAUUAAAAGACGAAAAAUUAUAUGAAAGUCAACUGCAGACGUUCAUGAAAGAGCACAAUAUACCAUGGCGGCAUGAGGCCAUCAAAAGAAUGCGGCUGGAAGAGGAGCGUAGGCUACUCGAAGAACCUGAGGGAUGA